AUGAUGAUGGACCAACAACGCCACCUGCCAGACCCAACCAAGGUUGGAUCUCACGGCAAGCCUGGAGGAAGUCUAGAGUCGAUCGUGACGGGGUUCCCUACCCCCAAAGUACAACCGGAUUAUAUAUACCAGUUGGCCCCUAUGCUUCAGGACCCUAUCGAUCGCGAUGCUCCAUACAGCUCCGAGAUGUCUCGGAAAGCAUCCAUUGCGUCCACCUCGUCGUCCGGCCAAUCAUUCUAUCGUGUAUCGCGCUCUACCUCUCCGGCAAGUGGCUACCUAGAGCCUUCUUACGAUCAGUCACCGUCAGUCAACCGCAUCGCAAUGAACACCGGCCACUUUCGCCCGUAUCCUCCGCCUCAUCGAUCAGCAGGAUCAGGUUCCUGUUGUUCUGCUUGCUUGGAGAUUGGCGAAACCAUCUUUGUAGAUGCUGGCAAGGCGUGUCUUCGAUGCGGGCGCGCUGACUCCAUGCUCAAGACUACUGGCAAAGUUGCCCGCAGGAAGCGUAAUGAUCGAAUCAAGUUUUCCCGCUUGAUGAACAACGACUGCAAGCCUGAGAAUGUGUCCAAGGAAGAAGGAGAAGCGGGUCGCCGCUUCGAUCACAGCUUUUACUUCGCCAGCCUGCAAAACUCGCUGCUGAAAAUCAACCCCAAGUUUCCUGAAGUAGCGGCACAACGAGAAGGCAAAAAGAGGCUAGGCUGGACCCCCCUCAAGUGCAACAACAUUUCCGAUGAUGUCAAGGAGAAGGGUCAUAUUGAACCUCUCCACUUCAAUAAGACAAACAUUUUCGAAUCCUCUCUCCAGGUCGUUGAAGACUCCACCGCAAUCAUGGCUGAUGCCAUCCAAGAGCGCAACGACCUCGAAGUUGAGAUGGAUGCAUUGCUUCGGUCAAAAGCUUCGGCCGACGAGCUGAGACGCUUCCUCAUGCGCACAUUGCAUCGCAACUGGUCAGCCACUUUGGCUACUUCUAACGCACAGCGCGGUGCUGAAGGCUUCAGCCGUCCCUUCCCCCAAUCCACAUCACGGCUUUGA